AUGGUCCUCUCGUUUAUACUUAUCCAGAACCGGCAAGGCAAGACACGGUUAGCGAAGUGGUACGCUCCGUAUAGUGAUGAUGAGAAAGUGAAGCUCAAAGGCGAGGUCCAUCGCCUCGUUGCCCCCCGGGAUCAGAAAUAUCAAUCGAAUUUCGUCGAAUUCAAACGCAGCACAAAGAUUGUCUAUCGUCGAUACGCCGGUCUGUUUUUCUGCGUCUGCGUCGAUGCAAAUGAUAAUGAACUGGCAUAUCUGGAAGCAAUCCAUUUCUUUGUUGAAGUGUUAGAUCAGUUCUUUGGGAAUGUGUGUGAAUUGGAUUUGGUAUUUAAUUUUUAUAAGGUGUAUGCGAUCCUCGACGAAGUGUUUCUGGCAGGAGAGAUCGAGGAGACCAGCAAACAGGUUGUUCUGACACGGUUAGAGCAUCUUGAUAAAUUGGAGUAA